AUGAAAACCCGGAGUCCCUCUCCUGCAGAGAUUUUCCAUCUACUCUUGGUUGUUCUCUCGGCCGUUACGUUUGGGGCUUCCCUGAUAAGCCUGUCAUGCCUCUAUGGUCUGAUAGAGAACCACUUCACCGCAACCACCGGAAAGCCAUAUACCAUAUACCACGAGGCACUUAUCCCUGGAACACACUUUCUGGGUGCAUUUGUGGCAGGAGUGAUCUUCAACCUCGUGCCCUUCAACAACAGCAAGGCAAGACUGAUUGCAGCCAACAUCAUAUAUUCGGCCGUGUUUGCAACUCCACUAGUAACAUUGGACUUUGCCUCCUACCUAGCCUCUAGAUUCAUACUUGGGUUUGCUCUGGAUCUUACCUCCGGAUCUAUUUCGUCCUACAUUGACGCCGCGGCACCAGACCACAUAAGAGGAUUUCUUGGGAGUCUCCAGCCCGUUGGAAUAGUUGGCGGGCUUUUCAUAGGGUCGCUGUUCAACUACUUUGGUAGCGAAGAAAGUUAUAAAAUACCAUUUGCUGCAGCGCUCGGAUUCCUUGCCCUUCAAACCGCAGGGCUGGCCUUCAUCAAGAACCCGGAAUCCCGGACAUUAUGCACCAGAGACGCUAGGCCAUCCAUUCUGGAGCUAAUCAGGACCCCGGGAUCUGCAAAGUCCAUCACGAUAACCGCUGCAUUCCACAUCUUUCACCACCUGUCGGGAAUCAACUUCCUGACAUUCCAGCAGGCCUGUCUGUUCUCAAGCAAUGAUGAUCCCAAUCUGAUGAUGAGCUCCUCUCUGUUCGUGUCAUUCGCCACAUCCGCACUUUGUGGAUCGAUAGUCGACAGAUUUGGGAGGAAGACGAUGUCCAUUGUCUCCUCGACCACGAUGGCCCUUGGGAUGGUGCUCCUUGCGAUGAACAGGUUUCUUCUCCCAGGGGUGCUUAUCUGCCUUGUUGGAUUCAAUCUUGGACUUUCGGUGAUUCCGUGGGUAAUUUCAGCCGAGAUCUUUCCACCGAGAUACGCGUCCACAGGCUUUGAGUUUGGAGUUAGCUUCAACUGGCUGUCUGGAUUUGUAACAACAACCCUGCUGCAUCCCUUGAACCAUGGACAUGCACAGAAGAUGUCCGGGGUCUAUGGGGGGCUUUGCUUAGCCUUCAGCCUGUUUGUGUUUCUCUGUGUCAGAGAGACAAAGGGAAGGCCAAAAACAUUCCAAUGA